AUGGCGCCCGUGCCUGCCAAUAUCCCAUCUCCGCCACGGCCUUUUAGUGAGGACCCAAAUCGGUCGUACGGAGAGUCCACUCUGAAAAAGUUAUUUACAGCACAGGACAGCGAAAGGGAAGUUACCCGCCCUCGCUCACGUCCUCAACCCGAUCAACGACGGGCGGGUACCCUCUCCUGUGAUGUGGCCCUGGGCUGUGGCUGGCAGCCCUCACAUCCCACCUUUCAGCGAAAGCCAAAGUUACCGAUCAUGGAAUCGUUUUCAAGAGACCAACGCAUCCAUGCAUCCAAGAAGAAACCCUCCACUAAACAGAAAGAGCUAGAAUAUUCUCAUUACGACAGUUCUACUACGACAAAUAAUGAAGUUGAAGACCAAACCGUCUACAAAGUAUGCCAGUACAGCACAGGAAGUCGCUACGGCUAUCUCAUCGACCACUGUCCUGAAAUUACACAUCCAAACUCUCAAUUGGCCUCACGAUCUCGCCAAUUUUACCACGACUCAUAUAAUAUCCCCGGCAAAGCCCAAGGGGUUCGUGUUGAUCUCACUUUCGGGACGAUAACCAUGGUUUUGAUUCUGCUGCUACUUGUGGCUAUCAUGAUCGUUGAGGUUAUUGACGUCAUUUAUAAUGCCCGAGAAUCAUCGACUGACGACGAGGGUCGAGGAAGAAGUCGGACCAGACGUGCACUCUCCCGGGCCUUUAUUUCUCGAAAGAAAGCAGCUUUCAAGAUUAAGGAUGAUCAAGAAAAGGCUUCCAUGGAAUAUCUACUGGGAGAGAACCACGACCAAUGA